AUGGCCCCCAAUGCCCUCAGCACUCGGGCCCAGCAGUCCUUCUUUGGCAUAGCUGUGUUUCAGGCGUUCGUUGUUAUCGCUAUGGUCGCAGUGACAUUCAACAAAGUGGAAGAUCAUGUGGAUUUGACCUUGGCCCGGUACAAAACUAUUCCAUGUUACCUUGCCCUUUUCAUCCUAGCCGAGUUCUUCGAGCUCUUCAUGGCGUUUGACGCGCUCCGGUUGCGGAACACCAUCCAACUCCUUGGUAUCCUGAUCUUCCAUGGCGCUCUCAUCGUUAUGUCCGCGCUGCAAGUGCACGAGACCAGGUCAGCGUUGGUCACGAACCCGGCGGCCAACUGGACCACGGAUUAUGUCAACGGCGGCGGACCGGGCACGCUCUGGCAGAGCGUGCUUCCAUUCCUCAUCGUCACGCCCGUCGUGAUCGGUGUCUCAUGGCUGGCGAUGAUGUGGGUCGUGCGGGAGUUGUACUACGAGUUCGGAUGGGCCAUCUUCCACAUCGUCGGUGCCAACCCUGCGGCGAAGACCAUGUACCAGUACUACCAGAUCAUGAUCUGCCUGCUCAAAUUCGACUUCUUUGCGUUUGUUGGGGUCACAAUGCAGCUCCUUAUCCUGGUGUUACAGACGAACAGUGCGGAGUUUGGUCUCACCGUUGCCGCAAUCCCUAUCGUGCUGGUCCUGCUGGUUGGCGCAGGCCUGGCAGUACAGCGUGAAAUCAAGUGGUUGAUGUCGAUCUCGCUUGUGUUGAUGUUGGCGGCGGAGACGUACUUUUACAAGCUCGUCCGCUUCUACGAGCCCAGCUCUUCAACGACAUACGGCAACGUGAGGGCGACCCUUACGACAUUCACCAUCAUCGCUUUCCUCCUGUUGUUCGCGACCUUCGCGAUUGGCCUUCGUUGCUUCGCCGACUUCGACAAGGGUCUGCUCAAGAGCAAGCUCCACGGUCAGUCCUACAAGCAAAUGGAUUCCUCCUCCAAGAUGGGCUUAUUCGGUGGCAAGAAGGAGGACGGCUAUGGUGCCGGCCAACCGCUUGGUCCACGCGUGUCGAUAGAGUGA